AUAUCUCACUUACUGAAAAAGGAAUUUGGAAAGGUUAACAUCACAUUGAUGGAAACAGAUACGCUCAAUGUGCAUAAUACCUACUACGACAAAUUAAAUAACUUUAUAGCCACCGCCAACCCGAACACUCUUUAUAAUUAUGCAGGAUUCCUUACAAUCUAUCAAUACCUUCAAUAUGUAAACAUGAGCACUGAAGACGCCAUAUCCUAUGAGGUCACCCAAAGUACAACGAGGAGCCGUAACUGGAGGGAAUGCAUAGCUUUGAUAGACGAAAGUGCGCGUGACAUUCUUGACUAUUUAUACGUUACCAACGAUCCCAACCACGUCACGAUUAAGAAUGAGGUGGAAACCAUUGCACGCAGAAUGAAAGAGGCGUUCAAUGAAACGCUUCAAAACAACGGCUGGAUCGACAAUACGACGCGAGAUGUAUUACAGAAAAAGUUGAAAGAAGUGCCGUUGCAAAUAGGAUACCCGGAUGCACUAUUGAACAUGUCAGUGCUUGAAACUCGCUACCAAUACGUACCAUUUUUUCCUUGGAAUAUUUCAUUCACAGAAGCCUUGUACCACAUUCAAGAAAACUCAUACAAAAUGCAAUUGCGUAAGCUUCAGUAUCCAUUCGAAGGCGAUUUGGGUUGGGACCACAGCCCAAGAGAUGGUCGCACGUUUCACCACAAGUGGGGGAUGAAAAUUGAAAUUCCCUACGAGCUCUUGGUACCUCCAUUUUUUGAUCAGGGACUUCCACGCUCCCUGAACUAUGGUGGCAUCGGCGGUACAAUUGCUAACGAGCUGGCGUAUAGCUUCCUCAUGGCUACAAACUCACUCAUCGCCUUCAUCCUGCACGAUGCGGCCUGCCAUCAUUAUGACUUAACGGCUUCCAUAAAUAGACAAAAUAUCCUGCCGCUGCUUCAGGCGUGA